GCUCAUGCAUGCCAUUCUCUUCUGCGCGUCUUUUCUCGUCAUCAGAGAAACCAAGCAGCAUUCUCUCGAGGAGAUCUCUUCAAUAUUCAAACUGUCUACUAGAAAACUCGUCCGGUAUCGGCUAUCCAAAGAGCUCCCGUACAUGAUUAACCGCUACAUCCUCCGUCGACACGUUCGACUAGAUGAUAUAGACAGACAACAGCAAUAUCCAACGCACAGUCGCUAUACAGAUGAAGGGGGUGUGGUCGUGGAUGAAAAUGAUUACCAGGAUAGUCCAGUGUGAUGUUUACUUCGAUCUAUCUAUAAUCAUAGAUGAAUAAAUACUAGCUGCCCAAUAAACAGCCUGGAACAUUCCAAUAAUUAAUAAGGUUGGCCAUGACCCACAUUUAUGGAUUGUACAGCCAAUGAUGUAGCGUACCACGCGGCUGAGGCUGCGAGUGGGGCAGCUGAAAUCGAUCUUAGAUACGGUACUGGCUAG